AUGGGCGGCAACCACGGCGGCCAGGUGGCACCUGCUCCCGCAGGCCUGCAGGGUCACAGGGCCUACCUCACAGAGCCGUCUUCAAGCACAACAACCCAGUUCCAGGAGAGAAAACAGCUUGACACUCCGCAGCCCAUAGAGUCCUCUUGUUGGGACAAGGACCCCCCAGGAGAGAGGAGCCCCCAGCAGGGUCAACACUGGAGGUCCUGGGGGUGGGUGGUAGUGGGGAGGCCACGCGGGGAGGGCUGUUCCGUGUUCUCUUCCCCUCAGGAGACAGCUGGCCCACAGGAACACAGCAACAGAUGCAAUUUCAGGGCCAGGGAUCAUGGUGCCCAGGGCUGUGGACCACACCAGCUCACAGCCACUGCAUGCCCCACACCAGGGCUGUGGACCACGCCGGCCCACAGCAGCUGCAUGCCACAGAACAGGACUACCAACACAAGAAGAACACAGGCUGACAACACCUCUGUCUACACCCCUGCCAUCCCUCCUGGUCUCACCACAUUCAGCCAAUGUCCAUUGGGGGCCUCAAGGGCGCCUCCACCUGCCCAGGUCUGGGACCACCACCCCCCCCUAAUAUCUACAGACCCUGUCCUCACCUGCCUUGCACCAAUGAUGGCACCAGUGCGUGGGUUCUGGUCACCAGUCAGCCUCCACCAACAUGGACUCCUUACAAGUGGGGCCACCAGCGUGGACAUGUUCCCAUCAGGAACCACCUACUUUUGGAUCCCCAGCACCGUGCUCAGGUCCUAGGGAGGCCCCAGCAACCUGAGGAACAACCAAACUAGUGAGUGAAUGAAUAAGUAUGUUAAGUUGUUAAGUAGAAAAUAGCAGAAGGGUUAGUAGAAUGUACAAGUAACAAUUACAGUUUCAUGAAAAUCAGCAUCCACAUGGAAGGUAUUAUGCAUAAAAAAGCUUCACUUUGUUUCAGCGCCUUUCCAAUUAACUGUUUUUAAACAAUAUUUCCCCUUAAAGGUUCAUCUUUUAUAAAACAAGAACACAAGGCUCUGAGGCCAACCUCAAAUAUUUAUUUGAGUGAAUUCACAUCCCCCAAAUUUUCUGUAUCCUAAAAUCUGGACUUUUGCCAAAUAGUGCCCUUAGCACAGAAAUCUCUCCAAGGAGCUGAGGAGCCUGGCAUAGCACGGCCAGGUCAUCAGUCAUCAUCACCAGCAGCUGUGGCAUGAGAGGGAGGGUGUGUGAAGAAACCAAUGGGGAACCACAAAAGAAAUCACCUAUGACUGGAAACAGCCAUCCGUGGUGUACUCAGUGAGGUGGUUCCAGGACCCCAUGGACACCAAAUCCAGGCACAUUCAG